GGCAGGGAGGCCUGCAGGACUUAAGCUGUAGGAGAACCGCUGGUGGGAGGCGCGGGCGGCGCCGGUGCGCGCGUGGGCCCCGGCCUGCCCCGCAGCCGCCACCUGCCCAGUGACCAUGAUAGUGUUUGUCAGAUUCAACUCCAGCCAUGGCUUCCCUGUGGAGGUCGAUUCUGACACCAGCAUCUUCCAGCUCAAGGAAGUGGUUGCUAAGCGACAGGGGGUUCCAGCUGGCCAGCUGCGUGUGAUUUUCGCAGGGAAGGAGCUUCAGAAUGACUUGACGGUGCAGAACUGUGACCUGGAGCAGCAGAGCAUCGUUCACAUUGUGCAGAGACCGAGGAGGAAAGAUCUGGAAGCAGGCGCACCUGGAGGGGAUGAGCCUAGAGCCUCCGCUGGAGGCUCUGAGAGGGAGCCCAAGAGCUUGACAAGGGUGGACCUCAGCAGCUGCGUCCUGCCAGCAGACUCGGUGGGGCUGGCUGUGGUUCUGGACACUAGCAGCAGGAGGGACGCGGCAGCAGCUGGAGCAGGUAGACCAACCUACAACAGCUUUUAUGUGUACUGCAAAGGCCCCUGUCAAAGGGUGCAGCCGGGGAAGCUCCGGGUACGGUGUGGCACCUGCAGGCAAGCCACACUCACCUUGGCCCAGGGUCCAUCUUGCUGGGAUGAUGUCUUGAUUCCAAAUCGAAUGAGUGGCAAGUGCCAAUCUCCAGGCUGCCCUGGGACCAGAGCGGAAUUUUUCUUCAAAUGUGGAGCACAUCCAACCUCCGACAAAGACACAUCAGUAGCUCUGAACCUGAUCACAACCAACAGCCGGGACAUCACCUGCAUAACCUGCACGGACACCAGGAGCCCGGUCCUGGUUUUCCAGUGCACCCACCGCCACGUGAUCUGCUUAGACUGCUUCCACCUGUACUGCGUGACCAGGCUCAACGACCGGCAGUUCGUCCACGACCCUCAGCUUGGCUACUCCCUGCCCUGUGUGGCUGGCUGUCCCAACUCCUUGAUCAAAGAGCUCCACCACUUCAGGAUUCUUGGAGAAGAGCAGUACAACCGGUACCAGCAGUAUGGCGCGGAGGAGUGUGUGCUGCAGAUGGGGGGCGUGCUGUGCCCCCGCCCCGGCUGCGGAGCGGGGCUGCUGCCCCAGCCAGGCCAGAGGAAAGUCACCUGUGAGGCGGGCAGCGGCCUGGGCUGCGGGUUUGUCUUUUGCCGGGACUGUAGAGAACAGCACCAUGAGGGUGAAUGCAGCGCCCUGUUUGAAGCCUCGGGAGCCGCUGAACAGGCCUACAGGGUGGACGAGAGAGCCGCGGAGCAUGCGCGCUGGGAAGAGGCCUCCAAGGAAACCAUCAAGAGAACCACCAAGCCGUGCCCUCACUGUGGAGUGCCUGUCGAAAAAAAUGGAGGAUGCAUGCACAUGAAGUGUCCGCAGCCCCAGUGCAGGCUGGAGUGGUGCUGGAACUGCGGCUGUGAGUGGAACCGCGCCUGCAUGGGCGACCACUGGUUCGACGCGUAGAUGGCGACUCGGCGCGCCCCCGGCCACGCCCCUGGCCACGCCCCGGUCACGCCUCCUGCUCAGAGCUCACAGCGUCCGGUCUUCAUUUGCUACUUCACUUUUCUCCAGACACCUCUGGACAAGCUCGCACGCACACAUACACACACUCACACACGCGAACACGGCCUCAAGGUCUUUCCACAACCACAAAAGCAAAAUUACAGAGGAAGCGCCUGGAUCUCUUUCACUACAUCCAUGAAAAACAGCAGAGCUAAUUCUAACACCAGCAAGAGGCCUUUUCAAGCCUCGGAAUUAUGCCCAGAUUAAAGGGCAACCGGCCUAUGUUGAGUAGAUCCUCAUUCUUGCAUGAUUCAAGUCAGACUGGUUCGGCACCUGAGAGAUGCCUCCAGAUUCGUUUCCCGCAUACUGCUUUCAGCAAACAUGGUGGAGGGGCCACUGGCAAGGUGGGAACAGCUCCAGGGGACUAUUGCCUGAGGGGGGUUUCUGCAAGUGGGCUGCAUGGACUCUCAGAACCGUGUUCAUGGCUCUCAGAGGAACACUCAACACUCAACUUUUCAGAGAGCAUCUGGUCCUCAGAAAACCCCGGGCAGUAGUCAAAAAUAUGUGUUUAGCCCCAAGAAUUCUAUCUUUAUAAAUUGUGCUGAUGAAAUAUCAACUAUGCACAAAUCAGCUUGUCAACUAAGUGAGAAAUUAUGAAAGCCAAUUUGAAUGUUGAAUGUUUAAAUUACAGGGAAGAAAGCAACACUUAAUGUGCUUUCAUUCCAUUUAAUUAUUUGCUACUUUAGAAAGAAGUCAUUUAUCUGAAAAUAUUACAAAAUCUAUCGUUUGAUUUUAAGUAUUCAUUUUGCAGCUUGGAAAUUAGCUCAUGCAUUUGGCGUCACUUUAAUGGAUAAAGUGCUACAAAGGAGACAUUUUCAGAAACUGUUUCAUAAUGACACUCAAUGCUAACAAAAGUGCAGGUUAUUAAGUAGAAUCUUCAAAGAAGGAGCCUUUCCAGAGCUGCCCAGAUGAAAGUGCUUCUGAACCUCUCCACUAGAAGGGUGCAGGCCCUCUGUAUCCCCACUCCCCCUCCACUGCUAGUCCCAGGGAGCCCGGCAUGGGCAGUGGGCUCCUUUAAGGAGAGCUCUUUGCAUAGGACAGUAAACUCACACUAGAAUAUUCCUCAGGUUACAUGCAUCCAAUUUGAGUGUUGAUCAGAUUUUCAACUUUAUUAUUUUUUUUUUUUGAGGCAUGUGCUACACAUCAAAAAAAGAAUUACUCUAGACACUGUGAGCUUCUUUUUCUGCCGCACAAUAUGCAGGUGAGAAAGCACAGGAGCUACCUUUGGCCUGACUCCUCAGGAAGACCAUGAAUGUAACUGAGGGCAGAGGAGUUGCUGGCACAGGGAGGGCCCUCUGGGUUUAGGGAGCUGGAAACUGAACCAGCCACCAGCCUUCUCCUCUUAAAUGGGCUCCCUGUGGUCCUUGAUGGUGGGAGGAGAAGGGGUUUCCCAGGCCAGGUGUUGAGGACUUUCCUUCAGCCUCCAGGGAACAUUUUGUCCUCCCCUCCCUGAUGGGCACUGCUCUGGGACAAGGCAGGGCAGUGACGUCCACAGGCACAGCCUCCUCUAGCUUCAUCCUGUUAGAAAGUCCAGCUGCUCCACACGCUCAAGGCUGCUAGAUGCCCACGCAUCCCGACGGUGCGUGGUUAUGCUCGGCCUCGACCCGUAUCAGGACUGCGUCACUGACAAUCCCAGCCAAGUGCAGCUCCUUCCGCUGACCCAGUGUGGCCGUCAGGUGGCAUCGCCUGUCCUGUGGCACACAGGGCACUCCGUGUCAGUCUUGGCUUUUCCUUUAUGAUGCUGUCACUAUUGCCUCCUUCCAAAUCUGCAUGGUGUGUUGGCUUUGCGGUGCCGGCACGAGGUUUGCUGCCGAGUUCCAGGUACCGCAGGAGCCCUGGGGCUGUCCAGCUGUCCAGCAUGGGCUCCUUUCGGGUGAUUUUUUUUUCUAGAGUAGAAGAGUGAUUCUUAAAAUAACUUGAAGGGAAAGCAGGCACUGAGUAUGAACACGAAUCACAUAUUAUUUGAACACGAACACUGUAAUGAAAUAUAGCACAAAAAUGGAAGAUCUUUGCAGAAGAAUCUUUAUUUUUCUCUGAAAUAUCUGACAAGUAUGUGUACAGUCGUGCUUAAUUGUCAAUAAAAGCAUCCAAAGAGCUUUUGA